AUGGCCAAGGUGGAUAUAGAUCAGUCCAAGCAGCUACAGGGUCUGUUAAACGUCUGCGGAGCAGAUCUUCAGUUGGAGAGAACCAGCGAGUACGACAUUAGAGAUGCCGAGUCAUCGCAGGCGUUUGCAGAAAAGGCACGGGCUAUUGCAGCAGAAAGGGUGUGUCCCAGGUAUGAUGGUGUAGACAGCAGGAGGAGACAGAAGUUUGCAGAGGUGUUGAAUCAGCUGAACCAGCCAGCAGGAGACUUGGAAGAAUUGGACACAGCCACUGGAGAUGAAGACACUUUGUUAAGGCAGGAUCCCGUGGGUCGGUACUAUCCAAAGACAGAGAACUCAGAGGAGAAGAAGCUGGUGUGGGCACUGCGACAGUCCUGCUCCACGUUCCACAGUCAGCAUGUGCUGUACGCCAACCAGUUCUUCCUGCAGCUGAAGGACCCACAGCCUGGUGCAGGUUUCUGUGCUAACAGACUCGUGGUCGACUUUGACGAAGUCCUGUCCUGGCUAGAGGAUAUCCCAGAAGACCUUGCACCAGCCGUGGGGGAUGAGGGCCCUGCAUACACACUACAGGAUGCAGGGCAGCUGAGACACUACCGAUCCCCACGAAGCUUGUACCCCGUUCCUGGUGCACCAUAUCCCACAAUGCUCAGCACCACAGUUCCAGCUGCCUUCCCAUCAUCCAUGUUUGACCAGCAGGACGAUGUUCCCGUGACGAACUGUCCAGUAGGAGAGCUCGUUAAGCUUAACGAAGACCCAUCUAACGAUGUCCAGCUAAUACUAAUAGAUUUAGAUCAGAAGCAGUCUGACGCGAAGACUAGUAGCAGUCAUACACGUGAACUUGUAGCACUGUUUGAAGGAAAUGGUGCACCAACCAAAGAACACAAGGAUGAGCUGUCAGUACAACCUUCCAAGUCCAACCUCCAGUUGUUGGAAGAGUUAUUUGGAGGUUGUGAGGUCUGCUCAUCUAAUGAUAUUGUUGAAGGGGUUACUGUAGAUGAUGAACUUGAUUUAGAGAUGAACCACACAAAAGAUAAAGGUGGCAAAGCCAGCUUUGGGCAGGUAGAUGCAAAAUAAGUGCUAACAGAUAUAGAUGUAAACCUUACAAUGUUGUACACACUUUACAUUUAUUGUAAUUUGCACCAGAUGCAGGGAAAAUGAUGAAAAUAUUAAAGGC